CCGAUGACGUCGUCGGCUAAAAAAGAGACGCGAAGUGACAACAAUCGUUUUUUUUUUUAAAUCAUCGGUGAAACGGCGACGCGAAGUGGAGUUCACGUGUUCAAAUCGUCGCAGUGAAAGUUUAAAAAAAAAAAGAGAGAAAAAAAAAAGAUGCCGUUCCACUCCGGGCGUGACGUCACUUCCGGGGAUCGCGCCCAUCCCUUUGGAAGAAAAGAAGAAGUUGAGGAAGAAAAGUGACGGAGAUGCAGAAGUAAAAGUGGAAUAUUUGUUGGCGCAGCAGGACGAGAUCACACCGACAAGUCAGUCAUAAUCAUGCCACUCCACAAAUCCUCAAGCCGGGCGUCCCGCUUGGACCCCACCAUGAUCUCGGCCCCGCUGGGCGACUUCCGCCACACCAUGCACAUCGGCAGAGGCGGCGACGCCUUCGGGGACACCUCCUUCCUGUCCACGCUGGGCCCCAGCCCGCCCACCUCCGACCCGGCGCCGGCGCCCGUAGACCACGUGACCUUCUACCAAGACCCGCCAACAAGCGAGGACCCCGAGUACUGCGAGUCGGCGUCGUCCUUCGCCUUGGACUUGGAUCUGGACCUGGGUCCUUCCAUGCUGGGGGACGUGCUGGGCGUGAUGGACGGACUGGGCCUGGACACGUUCCGGCCCGAAGGCGACCCGUCGUCUCCCGUCAAACCCCAGCACCACAAUCUGCCCAACGGGACCGGCGAGAACCAGACGGGCGACGGCGGAAUCAAAGCCAAGCGACCCAAAGUCAGAUUCAGCGACAAGCGGGACGAGAUCAUACGCCGGCCCUCCGAGGAAGACCAGGGUCAGGACUUCCAGGACCAGGAGCCCGUGGAGAGUCCCAGCCCCCCUGAGGAGGCUCCGCCCAGCCCCGCCACGUCUCACGGCUCCGACUGCGACGCGCUGGACAGGAGGAGGCCCAGGAACGGCCAAUCAGAGACGGACUCAGAGGACGAGGAGGAAGGGGGGCGGGGCUACACCUUCGAAGACGAGUUCGACGACGAGAUCGGCCUAUAGGAGGGCGGGGCCACAGUUUGGCAACGGUCAUGUGACGCGACUCUGGAAGCGGGAAGAAAACCUUUUUAUCUGACAAAUACACCAAAGACCCCAUGAUGUUGUUGACCGUUUAUGUUGACAUGUUAUUAUCUCGAUCAUUUAUUUGUGGCGGCCCCACAGGAACGAUGCUGGAGCGCCACAAGUACAUGUGGUGUGUUCGCCCUGGCUCAUAGACAUUUUUAACGCACCUGCUCUGCUAGAGCAAAAGAUGGGACCGUUUAUGUUGACAUGUUAUCUCAAUCAUUUAUUUGUGGCGGCCCCGCAGGAACGAUGCUGGAGCGCCACAAGUACAUGUGGUGUGUUCGCCCUUGCUCAUAAAGACAUUUUUAACGCACCUGCUCUGCUAGAGCAAAAGAUGGGACCGUUUAUGUUGACAUGUUAUUAUCUCAAUCAUUUAUUUGUGGCGGCCCCGCAGUAAUGAUGCUGGAGCGCCACAAGUACAUGUGGUGUGUUCUCCCUGGCUCAAAGACAUUUUAACACACCUGCUCUGCCAGAGCAUAAGACAAAAUAUGGGACUGUUUAUGUUGACCUGUUAUCUCAAUCAUUUAUUUGUGGCGGCCCCCCAGGAACGAUGCUGGAGCGCCACAAGUACAUGUGGUGUGUUCGCCCUGUCUCAUAAAGACAAGUUAACGCACCUUCUCUGCCAAAGCAAAAGAUGGGACCGUUUAU